AUGGAUUAUAAGGAAGGAUGGUUGCUAAUAAAAAAAGUGUUCCCCAUUUUAGACGAAACCUACAAUUUGUGCCAAUUGGAGGACAUAAUAUUCUACAAAUACGAAUUCGUCAAAGCCGUAGAUUGUAUGAAACAACUAAACGUAUCCAAACACAUUUUCAACCUGAUCGUUAUAAAAAUCGAGCAAAGACUGCGAGACGAAGUGGCCCCCGAAUUUUGGUCGUAUUUCAAACAUAACGAGCACGAAAACAAGGGUUUCAAGCAAUUCUACAACGCUGUUAAGUCCUUGUACGAUUCCUACCGGCAACUCCACAAUGCCAUUCUACAACUCGAGAUGCUCAAGCAGGCUACUGAUAUAGACGUCACCAUGUACAAUGAAGACAGUUUAGAUGACGCCCUAAAACUAAUAUUAAAAUCUACUCUACUAUCUCAAUUACACUUGGAUUACCAACUGGUAGUAACGAAUUUCUACGAAGCUGCUCUUAAAAUGGAAGAUGUAGAUGUUAUUAAGGAUGGUGUAUGCAUUAUUUGUUCGCAGGAGAGUUUACACUGCAAUUGUAUGCACUUAUUUCAGGAAACGAAUAGGAAACUAGGGCAAAUGGCCUUAUUAGAACCAUUGGUAGGUCAAACGUUAACCAAUCUAAUAUAUGGUUACAUUCACGGUCACAUUCAGAAAACUUGUAAAGACAGUUUCGAUUCCUCGUUUAUUAACAUUUUAGAAAAAUGGUUACAAGACAUAGUGCUACAUUGGCUGAAUAACAUUUAUUUCCACGACUGUGAUUCGCUGAUACAAGAGUCUCUGAACGCUCUCGAAAAGAAACUAAUAAAUUUCCUCUACAACAGUUACACUAAAAUCAGAAUAGACCAAUUAUUCAACAUAAUUAUAGAGUAUCCCGAGUCCUUGCCAGCGCUCGAAGAUCUGAGAUUGUGCCUUCCGAGGACCGAUUUAAAACCUGUAUUAACCAAGAAACUCCAGAAAGCCAUGGAGACGAGGUUGCUGCAUCCCGGAGUCAGUACACCCGAUGUUCUAACAGCUUACGUUGCUGCUAUCAGAUCGUUACGAGUACUAGAUCCUACAGGAUUGCUAUUGGAAACCGUUACACAACCUUUCCAUCAAUACCUGAGAAGUAGGGAGGAUACUGUUAGAUGCGUAGUGACGAGUUUAACCGAAGAAGGCCCGAACGAUCUGGCCGAGGAAUUAGUACGAUUCGAAGCAGUGCCAGUCGAUGAAAAUACUACGGUAGAUGAAGACGUGGAAAAUUGGAAAUCUUGGGUACCGGAUCCGAUCGAUGCUAUACCAAGCAAAACAUCAUCAAGGCGCACAUUCGAUAUCAUCUCCAUGCUGGUGAAUGUUUACGGCAGCAAGGAACUGUUCGUGAACGAAUACAGAACGUUACUAGCCAACAGAUUGCUCACGCAAUGCUUGUGCGAUACAGAAAAGGAAAUUCGUUACUUGGAAUUGUUGAAACUCCGCUUCGGAGACUCCCAGUUGCACUAUUGCGAGGUCAUGCUAAAAGACGUGGCGGAUUCCAAACGAAUCAAUCAACAUAUCAAGCAAGACCCGGAGUACAACGAAGAGGAAAUUCCCGUUUCCGCUAUGAUAGUUUCGGCGCAAUUUUGGCCGGCUUUCAAAGAGGAAAAGCUGGAGUUGCACGGCAAAGUUCGAGAGCAAAUUUCCAAAUACAUAUCGGCGUUCGAAACGUUGAAGGGCAGCAGGACGUUGUGCUGGAAGGAUCACUUGGGAUUCGUGGAUUUGGAAGUGGAAUUGGCCGAUAAGACUUUGAGUUUAUCGGUUUCGCCCGUGCACGCUUCUAUUAUCAUGCAUUUUCAGGAUAAAAGUACUUGGGAGUUGGAAGAAUUGAGUAAAAUUAUGCAAUGUCCAUCGACUGUGCUUCGCAGGAAGAUCGGCUUUUGGCAGUGCCACGGAAUCAUCGUGGAAACCAGUAAAGACGUGUUUUGCAUACAAGACGACUUCGAGAACAAGAGCGUGAACGUUCAAGAAGACAUUUUCGUGGAGGAUUACGAAGCCGAAUCGGCCAUGGCGAGCGCUCAGGAUCAAAGAGAAGAGGAAUUACAGACUUUUUGGUCGUACAUCGUCGGUAUGCUGAUGAAUUUGGAUACUCUGCCGUUGGAAAGGAUCCAUCAAAUGCUAAAAAUGUUCGCUUUCCAAGGCCCCACUAUAGAAUGCAACAUUCAAGAAUUGAAAGUGUUCCUCGAUAGGAAAGUUCGUGAACAUCAGUUGAUCUAUUCCAACGGAUACUACAAAUUACCCAAAUAG